CCGUUGGUGGGCUGGUUCAAUAUCUCAUAUAAGUUCUGAACCUUUAGCUCGCAUUUCUGUCUCCUUCGUCGGCUCGGAGCUACAACAUUAUGCUGAAGUGAACUUUUCUUUCACAAAUCAGGAGACAACUCGUCUACAUGGAAAUGGAUUUCCAAAAGGCUCUACUUGAAGUGGGUAAAUCCUUGUCCACUGAUGAGGUGGAAGCACUGUCUUUUCUGUGCACUGACAUCUUGAGCAGAAAACCAGUCUCUCUGGAUGGUGCCAGCAACCUCUUCUCCUUACUCAUGAAAGAAGACCAUCUGUCGGCUGGAAACCCACAGCUCCUGGUUGAGCUUCUCCUCACCAUCCAGCGACCUGUUAUUUUGCAGAACAUUAAACUUUCUUUGCCCUCACCCAGCACCCUCAUCUCACCCUACAGGAAGCUGCUGUAUCGCCUGUCAGAACAAAUUACGGAGGAGGAGCUCGGAGAGAUGAAGUUCUUGCUAAAGGACAUCCCACGAAGAAGACUUGAGCAAAAGACUACGCUGGGAGUCUUCCUGGAGAUGGAGCACAUGGACCUCAUAAAUGAAUCUAGUCUCGAAUAUCUGGAGACCAUAUUUAAGUCGGUGUGUCCUGUGCUGAAUGAAGAGAUUCGUCUCUUUAGGAAAGAAAUUUGGCAUCCAGAGUCGUCACCUUUGACUGUUAAACCAAGCCAGACCCCGAAACCUUCUUCCAGAACUGAUUUCCAGGGAGAUGAGACUCCACAACUUCUUUCGCAGCCUUCCAUGAAUCCAUCCAACUCCACAAAUGGGGAAAUGGCUUCUUUGGAUACAGUGAAUACAGAAAAGAAGAACCCAGAGUCUCAAGAAAAUGAUGAGGUUCUGUGUGAUUAUCCAAUGACUGGGAAGAGAGGAAUCUGUUUGAUAGUGGACAACUUUGAUUUCUCUGAAUCGUACAAAAAUUUAACAAAUACAUUAAGAAAUCGAGAGGGAACCAAGAUUGACAGAGAUUCUUUGAAAGAAGUAUUUGGAUGGUUGGGCUAUGAGGUGGACAUACACGUAGACUAUAAUGCGGAUCAAAUAAAAAGUUUGUUUACCCGCAUCGGCCAACAGGACCACAGCCAGUACGACAGCCUGGUGUGCUGUAUUCUCAGUCAUGGCAUGGAGGGUAGAGUGUAUGGUGUAGAUGGCAAACUUGUUGAGAUCAAAUUGCUGAUAGAGUGCAUCGAUGGAGAGAAGUGCCCGUCCUUAAUUGAAAAACCCAAGAUGCUUUUCAUCCAGGCCUGUCAAGGCUGCAAAGAACAGUAUCCAGUCCAACCAGACGGCAUUGAAGACGAAACAACCCGAAUUUUUGCUGAUGCGAAAAUUGCAGAUCUGAGGAGCCCAGUCAUAGCUGACUUGCUGGUGGGCAUGUCCACGGUUCCUGAUCAUGCCUCCUUCAGAGAUAAAUUCUGUGGCACCUGGUAUAUCCAGUCGUUGUGCAAAAACCUCAUCAAGUGUGUGCCACGGAGGGUUGACCUUGUCUCCAUUCUCACAAAAGUGAACUUCGAUGUUAGCGGGAUGACCGACUUUAGUCGGAGGAGAAAGCAAAUGCCUCAACCAGCCUUCUCUCUCCGAAAGAGGGUGGUCUUCCCUGUCCCUGAGAAACGCCCACCCGAAAUUGGAGCGCUUACCAAAGACAAUUCCUGAGACAUGCUGGAUUAUUUUUUUUUUUGUUUCACUGACAGUUUACAAUUUUGAAUUGUAAACUGUCUGUUUUGAAGAAACAGAUUUAUCCGUUCUUUUGUAGGAAUCUCUUUUGAGUUAUAGCUCUUCAAAUGGUAUUAAUAAAGUCCUACUCGCAACCUUUUUUUUCAGUCUCAAUAUAACCAUUUCAUCAUAUCUUGUAAUUAUUUUAGAUCUUGCAAUUUCUCAUGUCUUUUAUUUGCGUUCAUAGUAAUGUAUAUACAUUUUUUUGUUUUAUUAUCAUUUACAAUACAUUCCAUGAUGUUUUCCAGCAACUUGUAUAAAAAUUAACAUUAUAUUCAAAGUAUCACAAAGAAGCCAGCAUAUCAGUGCUACAACUUUUUUCCUUAGUUUUCUGUUUGUUCUUGACAAGAUCUCCUCCCAUUUACCUCAGGGUUUUUGCAUUUUUAUUAACUUUAGCUCCAAAGUGGGAUUGGAGUUCCCACCACAAAUGUCUACACAAGUAUAGACAUGAUUUAUUCUGACAUAAAUACUCUUGCUAAUUUAAUACACUUUUUCAAGGGAUUUAUUAGUAGACAAGGUUCCUGCUGCCUUUCUUGUGAAUAUUAUGACACUUCAUUUGAAUUAUAAAUGGCCAUGUAAAGCACUCUAAAACAUCUGUUGCACAAUAAAACAAGUGAAAACAACAAAAAUGUGAAAUUAUGAAAUAAAAUGAUCCUAAA